GCGCCACGCACGAGCCCAGAGCACGAGCGGGCGGAGCGGCGACCCGCAGCCGGGAGCCCGGGCCGGGCGAUGCGGACGCCGCCGGCGGCACCUGCGGCUCCUCUCGGCGGCGCCCAGCGUCUCGGAGGCAGCAGCGCGACCCCCGGCAGCCUGGGCAGCCACAGCCAGUGAGGCCCAGGCAGCCACUGCCGCCGUCGACGCCUCUGAUGCGCCUCCCCGUUCGCGGUCCCGCGGCUCCGGGAGGAUGUGGGUCCUCGGCAUCGCCGCAACUUUUUGCGGAUUGUUUUUGCCUCCAGGCUUUGCGCUGCAGAUCCAGUGUUACCAGUGUGAAGAAUUUCAGCUCAACAACGACUGCUCCUCCCCCGAGUUUAUUGUGAAUUGCACAGUGAAUGUUCAAGACAUGUGCCAGAAAGAAGUGAUGGAGCAAAGUGCGGGAAUCAUGUACCGCAAGUCGUGUGCGUCAUCCGCGGCCUGCCUCAUCGCCUCCGCUGGCUACCAGUCCUUCUGCUCGCCAGGGAAACUGAACUCGGUUUGCAUCAGCUGCUGCAACACCCCACUCUGCAAUGGUCCGCGGCCCAAGAAGAGGGGCAGUGGUGCAGUGACGCCCCGGCCGGAGCUGCCCACCACCAUCCUGCUCCUCAAACUCGCCCUGUUCUUGGCGCACUGCUGA